AUGUGUACAUGUUGUGUUUACCCGACGAUGCAUUUUGCGUUCGUGGGCACCUUCAUUGCGUCCUUGGCUUUGCACUUUGUGCUGAUCGCCGUGAUCAUCUGCUAUUCUCGCAGUAAGACCGCGUUGGACAGCAGGCUCUCGCUCGCGAUCAUGGUCAUAACCGUGCUGGGAUCUUCGCUCAUGGUGAUUGGAACCUUGUGGCCAACGAGUCCGUCCUGGAUGGGGCAGCACGCCUUUUGGCUGGCCGAAUGCGUGGGACUUUCGACUGGCUCCCUGAUCGGGCCGCUGGUCUUCACGUAUGGGAGCACCGACGAGAGCACCACUGCCGACGAUGCGCUCCUCCACGCCGAGUCCUAG